UCGCAGUGCGCAUGCGCGGCUCAGCUGUUUCGGCCUGUUCCGCGGCCGCUCGGUCAUCUUCGCCUCUUUGUUUUACCCACAGUGGAUUUAACUGGGAUCCAGCCCGACAUCCAGCGGACCGUGCUGCUCCCGAACAGGCUCCAAUGAGAGGCUCUCCAUGAUGAGGAGCUAACACUGUCGGCCGUACAACCGCAGGAAGAGACGUGGCUGCUGCACCAUCCACAGUCGACGCAUGGCGGUAUUAGGGAACCCCGACAUGCUGACGAGGAAGAUAAAGCUGUGUCACAUCAACGCCCACAUCACAUGUCGUCUGUGUGAGGGCUACCUGAUCGACGCCACCACCGUCACCGAGUGCUUACACACCUUUUGUAGAAGUUGUCUAGUGAAAUAUCUGGAAGAAAACAACACGUGCCCCACGUGUAGGAUUGUUAUUCAUCAGAGCCAUCCACUGCAGUACAUCGGCCAUGACAGAACAAUGCAAGACAUUGUCUACAAGUUGGUACCGGGACUUCAAGAGGCGGAGAUAAAGAAGCAGAGAGAUUUCUAUCAGAAGUUGGGGAUGGAGGUGCCCGGAGACAUUAAAGGGGAACUUUGCAACAUGAAGACUCUUCUAGAUCAGCGCAAUGGCGAUGCAAAAUCAGAGGACACCGCCCACAAGGAGGCUGGAGAGGAGAAACCAGAGGAGGACAACGACUACCACCGCAGUGACGAACAGGUCAGCAUCUGCUUGGAGUGCAACAGCAGCAAGCUACGAGGUCUGAAGCGCAAGUGGAUCCGCUGCUCGGCUCAAGCCACGGUCCUGCACCUCAAGAAGUUCAUCGCCAAGAAGCUGAACCUGACAUCGUUUAAUGAGCUGGACAUUUUAUGCAAUGAGGAAAUCCUGGGGAAGGACCACACUUUGAAAUUUGUCGUCGUGACAAGAUGGAGAUUUAAGAAAUCCCCCCUCCUGCUCCACUACAGACCCAAGAUGGAUCUGCUGUAGCGAAAACGGACACAACGGUUGUUUCUUUCCUUUUUGUUUUUUAUAAAUAUUUUUAAUUUCAGGUCCGGUGACUGCAGACUGUGCCGAAACUUCUUCUUCUUCUUUUAAAUUUUUUUUUUUAUUUAUGCAAAGACGAUCAACCAACACCAAGCAAAACGCCCGACAGUAAAAAAAACAACAUAAAUCAGCAUAAGCCAGCAAACGGGGGAGCGGACGUUGGGGAACAAACACACAACCACAGAACUGGAAACCUCCAGCACAGACUCUGCAACACUCCUGUUCUUUUUUUAAGGAACUACAACAACCAUUUGUUUUUUUUUUGUCCGCUACAUCCUUGAUAUGUGAACAAAAUGGAAAAAAAGAAAAAAAAAAUUGAGAGAAAGCAUAUAUUUAUACUUUUGUACAGAAGAGACACAUUGAACCAAGACACUACCGGUGCUCUGUUUACACGCAAACAAGAUGUCUGGAAUCCCGUGACCGUGGUUUUUUGAGCUCCGUGCAGAUUUCAUCCUCCCGAGACGAAGUGAGGAGGACGUUUUCUUUUUUAUAUAUAACAAAAGGUUUCUGUUUUUUUUUUUUUUUAAUUUCCUGUCACAAUCCACUUGACACGUCGGGGGAGCACAGAAAGUUUUAUGGAAGAUUUAUAACAGGCAUCGAUUUCAAGUACAAUUGUCUCAGAAUUCUUUUUUUCCUUUUCCAUUUCAUUUCCUUGGCUUUGUCUAAUUUGCUAAUGGGUUCUUGAUGAUUGUCAAUUGUGAAUAGGCUAAACAUUUUUGUUGUGUAGUAAUUUAUGUUCUAUAUACCGAUAUUGUACAUAAAAUGUCAUUACAGAUAGAGAGAGACAGAGAGAUUGAAGAGAGUAAGAGAGACUUUAGACUGUUAAAAAGAAAAGAGUGGAUCCCAGAAGAGUUUUCUAUAUGUCGGGCAAAUAAAAAGAAAAGUGUCCAGAGGUUUAAAAUGAGGAUUUUAAAAGACAGACUCACUAUCAGUAUCAAAAAUAUAUAAAUGCAUCUUUAUGCUGUCUGACACAGACACAAGACAAAUAUCAAGUCCCUUGCAGUGUGAGUGUGUGAGUGUGCGCAUGUGUGUGUGUGUGUGUGUGUGUGUUACGAGACUUUAGGGCGAACAAGCAGAAAGCUUCCCAUCCACCCCCCCCCCCCCGUGCUCCUCAUCUCACCGGCCUCCUGUAGAGUUCAGUUAUUGUUCAUUUACUCAUCAUCAACAAUUCCUUUUCUCACCGAUGACUAAACACUGGUGUGUGUUAACGUCCAGGCAGAGUCCCAGUUCAUUCUACUGGUUUCGUUCUGGAUCUUAUUUGGAUUUCGCAUCAUUCAGACCUGAGUAUCCGUCCUGGUGUUUCCACUCGUUCAGUGAAAACUGAUACAGCCACAUGUUGUUGUUAUUGUUGUUGCGCAGAGUUUUGUUGUGGAAAUUUACCACAAACAACUUUAAAGCAACACAACGUAACUUCUGGUGAGCAGCUGCGCCCCCUGCAGCCAUGGAUAUUACCCAUGAUCCUCUGCUUCCUGAACCAGGAGAGCUACUUAUAGAUAAGUUUACUCCAGUUCAGCUUUUUUCCUCCACUUCCUGGACCUGAUUAAUAUUAUAAUUGAUAAUUGAAGAUGCGACUGAUUUACGUCUUCACCACCGAAGGUAUCAGGUGUUCACAGGUUUUACAUUUCUCUCAUUCGGUCGAGAUAAAAACCAUUUGACCCUGAAUGCAGAUUAAAUUCAUUUUACAUAGAACAGAUGUUUAACAAAGCUGCUGUUCUGCAGUUAGAAGUUUCAAAGUGUUGCUUUAAACCAGUCCAGUCUGUCUUCACCCCCCCCCCCCCACAGUAGAGCAUGUCACCCUUUUUUGUAUUUUUUUGCCCAAAUUAAAUCCUGCUUUUCAGUAUCGAGAUUUUCGAACGGACAUGAGAGCGAAGUGUAGACGACGAUAACGUUCGAUUCAGAUCAGAUCUCUGAUGUCCCCGCUGCACGGUGCUGGUAGAUUUCAGUUUGUCCUCACUGCCAGUUGCAAAUGUUCAAAGUUACACAGUGUUAAGAGCGUUUUUUCUAAAAGUUGUGUGAUUAUUAAUCAGUAUAAAACCUGGAAUUCUUUUUUGCAGAAUAGCUAGUGUUCGAUAAUGUCUACACGCAAAUUCAGGGUCCGCACAGGGGGCGGAGGUUUUUUUCUGAACAUUUUGAUAUUGAAAUUCUGAAUAAAAAAUGGCCCCAGUUGGGUCAUUUGGUGCUGAUGCGUGUCUGUUUCUAGUCGUACGGUUGUUCUUUCUACUGUCACACUGCAAAAAAACAAUGUUCUGUCCAAUGAGAGAAAAUGUCUUUAUCUCACAACUGCUCAACUGUCUUCAAAACAACGUGAAACACAACUGGAUCCUUAACAAAACGCCAUGUCUGACCUCAAGUAUGAUUACCUCACCUGACCCGUGUGGUCAGAGGUUGAAUAACAAUGAUUUACCCUCUGCUUUGUAUCUGCCCACAGCCAGAUGUUUUCUAUAUGUUCACACGCAGGGCUCCUCCUCAUCCGCACAUCGUCCCUCAAACGUUAUAAAUUGGAUAAAAACUUUUAAUCUAUUUACCUGCAAUAUUUUAUAUAUUUUGCAAGGAAGAGUAAAUUAUGUCGUGCACAUAUUGUGUUACGAUCCACGUGUUGGAUUUGGAGAUGUAUUGAGAUGUGUAGGAACCCUGCUGCAUCAGGACCUAUAUGACUUGUGUGUGAAAUCAGCGUUUUUACAGCCGACAGGUCGGUUCCAAACCAGCUCUACCAAAACCCUCCAGUCUGCAUGUGUCACUGCUGAUGGGAACCGAAAAUGUCAAGGCCCCAAAUCCGGUUAAAUACGUCAACUGGCCAUUGUUUUUGUUUUUUUAAUGCUGGAGCUGAAAUCGUGAAAAGCAAAAGGUGAAAUGCAAACAGCUUUCUGAUCUGAUUUAGGAAAAUUUGAAUAAUUUGAAGUAAAAAAGCAAAAAUAAGGUUUUUGGCUCUUAACCAACAAAUUUAAAGCCAACAAACGGUACAAAAUUCACGAUAAAACCAGAAACAAGGAGCCCGACGUGUUUGGUCAGAUCCUGGAUGUGUGUGUUCUGUCAUCACUGAACAAGUGAUGAGGCCGGUGGGGAGUUGACCCUGAGGUCAUGUUCAUGUUCUCAGACUCGUCCUGUAGCUGUCGUCACCUCCUGUAAACGUUCAGGAGGAAAUCUCUCAUUCCUUCAUCCUCUGUUUUCCUCAUGUGAUAAAGCUGUAAAGAAAACCAACAACAACACGGUGCUACUUUUAAAAACAACGACUACAAACUAAAUGUUUUGCAGAACAUCUUUUAUUCCUCUUUCUGUUUCACUCCGUGACUUUCACACGGCACCAGUCUCACA